GGAAAGAUGGCGGCUUACAGGAGGAAACGUGGCUUCAAUGCAGAGCCGGCUAAACCGGGCAAAAAAGCGAAAUUGGGGGGCCGAGUGAGGAGGAUGCGGCGGGGGAGGAGUACACAGUGCCGGCCCCGGUGUCUGAGGGCAAAUGGAAAAAUAAGGAGAGGGUGUUGAUAUUUUCCUCGCGAGGCAUCAGCUUCCGCACCCGGCAUCUGAUGCAAGACUUGAGAAAGUUGAUGCCACAUUCUAAAGCAGAUACCAAAAUGGAUCGCAAAGACAAGCUGUUUGUCAUAAAUGAGGUCUGUGAAAUGAAAAACUGCAAUAAAUGCAUAUAUUUUGAAGCAAAGAAAAAACAGGACCUAUAUAUGUGGGUAGCCAAUUCUCCUGGGGGACCCUCUGCAAAGUUCCUAGUUCAAAACGUUCAUACACUGGCGGAGCUGAAGAUGACUGGGAACUGCCUGAAAGGAUCACGUCCUCUGCUCUCCUUUGAUCCUGCCUUUGAUCGGGAUCCGUACCUUGCUCUGUUGAAAGAGCUCUUUAUACAGAUUUUUGGAACCCCAAGAUACCACCCAAAGAGUCAGCCAUUUGUGGACCAUGUAUUCACGUUCUCUGUAGCAGACAAGAGGAUCUGGUUUAGAAAUUAUCAGAUUAUAGAAGAAGAUGCAUCUCUGGUAGAAAUUGGACCUCGGUUUGUACUGAACCUUAUCAAGAUUUUCCAGGGAAGUUUUGGAGGACCAACCUUGUAUGAGAACUCUAACUACCAGUCUCCCAAUAUGCACCGACGGAUGAUCCGGUUAGCCACAGCUGCCAAAGUCAAGGAAAAGCAACAAGUGAAGGACCUGCAGAAAUUGAAAAAGUCAGAAAAUAAGGAAACCGUUUCACGAGACCCUACGGAGGAUGUCUUUAACAUCCCUGCUGAGAAGAAGCCACAGACCAUGGAGACAAAAGCACCUUUACCAAAACCACGUAUUAAACGGAAGGACAAGCAGUUCAAACGGCAGAGGCUGGCUAAGAAACGUGUCUGA